AUGCUUCAUCUCAAAGUCCAGUUUCUGGAUGACUCUCAGAAAAUCUUUGUGGUUGAUCAAAAGUCCUGUGGGAAAACAUUAUUUAACCUCAGCUGCAACCAUUUGAACCUGGCAGAAAAGGAAUAUUUUGGACUGGAGUUCUGGAGCUCUGCAGGGCAUGCUGCCUGGCUGGAACUUCUCAAGCCCAUCACAAAGCAGAUUAAAAUGGAUCCAGGUCAUCUGAAAGAAGAGUUGACCAGGUACCUGUUCACCCUUCAGCUCAAGAAGGACUUGGCCUGUGGGAAGCUCCCUUGCAGCGAGAACAGUUCGGCUCUGAUGGCGUCGCAUCUCCUCCAAUCCGCGCUGGGCGAUUUCCAUGAAGAAAUGGACCGAAAGCACUUGGAAACGCACAAAUACCUGCUGAACCAAGAGGACCUGAAGAGCAGCAUUAUGUGCUACCAUAAGAAGCACAUGGGCAAAACUCCGGCUGAAUCCGAUGUGCAGCUCCUGGACAUAGCGAGGAAGCUGGAGAUGUACGGCAUUCGUCCCCACCCUGCCAGCGACGGGGAAGGGACCCAGAUCAACUUGGCAGUUACCCACAUGGGGGUCCUGGUGCUGCGGGGAAACACCAAGAUUAAUACCUUCAACUGGUCCAAAAUCCGGAAACUGAGUUUCAAACGGAAGCAUUUCUUGAUCAAGCUCCACGCCAACGUUUCGGCUCUUUGCAAAGAUACACUGGAGUUUGCCAUGGCGAGUCGCGACACCUGUAAGGCUUUUUGGAAGAUGUGCGUUGAAUACCAUGCCUUCUUCCGCCUCUCCACGGAGCCAAAGUCAAAACCCAAAGCUUUUCUCUGCAGCAAAGGCUCCAGUUUCCGUUACAGCGGGAGAACUCAGAGGCAGCUGCUGGAACACGGGACCAAAGGGAAGCAGAAGAGCCUGCCCUUCGAGAGGAAACGCUAUUCCUCUCGCUACCAUGACAGGCAAUGCCGCUCCUCCCCGGAUCUGCUAACGGAUGUUUCCAAACAAAUGGAAGACCUGCGGCUUGUCUACGGCACCAUGGGGAGCUACUACGGCGCCAACGGCAUCCACACUUCUGAGCCCACGCUGGACAAUCGACGGAGGAACUCGGCCGUGGAAGUCAUCUUUGCUGACGAGCUGGAGAGGUCGAAACCCGAAGCAGACCCGACGGUGCUGCUGCUCCAUUCCCAAAGCAGCUCUGCCUUCCCGGUGGUCUACACGGCGUUGGACCACGAUUGGGAACCGGACGGUCUCUACGGGCCAAGGAGCCCGCUGACCUCUUUCCAGCCCAGCUCCAGGCUGGACGGCACCAGCCAGAGCCCUUCCCUGAGCAGCGUGAGAGAGAGGAGCCCAAGGCAGCAGCUGAGGUACACCGAUGUCCCCUAUGUGGCAGCGUCCCACCAGCCCUCCGAGGUGGCGUCUCCUCCCGUUUUCUUCUACGUGGACCGGCCACCUCAGUACCCCAAAAGCCCCACCGUUGACCGGGCUGAGGAAAGAGGGGCGGAGGCCAACCUCUGCGAGGCACCCAUGAAGCCACCAAGGAACCCCAAGUCGAGGGAGCCUCUGGCCCUUCCCCAGGCCACCUACAUGACCCACCUCAGUCUGGAGGAAGACGACGAGAACGUCUUUGACUACGGUGUUCAGGAGGCCCCCAAAAGAUCUUGGAGCCAGUCGGACGUCAAAGCCGUCCGGUUCCCUUGCGGCUCCGAGUUCCGCCCUCUCGGACCCUGCCCUGUCUUGACCAGCAGGAAGGUUGACCUCUUGCAAUGCGUGCUCAGCCAGCCGCCCUUCCCAGAACCUCCCCGAGGCCAGCGAGCCGCAGAGCGCUACACGGGCAGUGGGACCGAAUCCAGUGACUCCGAUUCAGACCUCCUCCCGGACUACUAUGCCCUCUACGGGCGGGUGCUCCAAAGACCCCGGGUGCGAAUUCACCUCUCCUCGGGGAGCCUCCAGCUGGAGGGAGAGGAGACCCUGGUUCCUGCCGCCACCAUCCACCAUCCUGAGAGCACCUCCAAUUAUUUGAUGUAG